UAUAUUAAUAUUCAGUAAUCAAUAUUGAUUAACUACCUAAAUUACAUUUUAAACCAUGUCAUUAUUGAUUUAAUUAGUUGAUUACCUUUGUUGCUGCGAAACAAAUGGAAAUCAUUUUUAAUUAUUCCUUUUAUUUGCUUAUGAUUGAGACGAUAUUGCUUUAUUAGAAGUCUGUGAGCAAUUAAUAAGGUGCCACAUCAAUUGGUGUGUUUUGCAAUUUAAUCUUCGAACUACCUACUGAACAUACGUUUUCGGCAACCAUAUUAUAAGUUUACAAAUAAUGGCCCAAGAAAAUGUAGUACAUGGACCUCCAAUUCCUAAUUAUUUGUUGAAUAUUAAAUCAAAUUUAAGUCAGUACUUUAUUCGACUACUCGGUGAACUUAGAAAUAAUACUGCUGUGAUUGAUAUGCAUGAUGGUUCUUCAUUUACAUUCAGUAAUAUUUUACAUGCAAGUUUUAAUAUAGCAAGUUACUUAAAGUAUGAGUUUGGGGUACAAAAAGGUGAUGUUGUUGGAAUAUUUAGUGAAAACACAAUUUGGUAUCCAUCUCUUGUACUGGCAGUAUGGCAUAUUGGUGGUGUUAGUGCAUUAUUCAAUCCUAUGUAUAAUAAUAAGGAAUUAACACAUGUGCUAAAUAUAACUAAACCAAAAAUUAUGAUAACAUCAAAAAUGGGGUUCAAAAUUGUAAGAAAUACUGCCAAAUCACUGGAUUUUAUCAAAUAUGUGUGUCCUAUUGAAGUUAUUUGCAAUACUAGAACGAUUGAAGAAAAUAAUAAUUUUGAACCAACUCCAUGUGACAAUAAUCAGACUUGUGUGAUAUUAUUUUCUAGUGGAACUACUGGUUUGCCUAAAGGAGUAGAGUUGUCACAUAAAUCUAUUCUUAUCUUGGUUUCUGCCUUAAAUGACAUUAAUAAAUUUGUAACUAAGACUGAUACCUUGAUGGGUCUAAUGCCUAUGUUCCACGGAUAUGGAUUACUGAUAAUAUGUUUGUGUUUGUCAAUUGGCAGCAAGAUCAUAGUACUUAAAUAUUUUGACGAAGAAUUGUUUUUAAAAUCGAUUGAAGUUCAUAAAAUUUCAAUUUUACAUGCUGUACCACCACUGAUGAUAUUUCUUGCUAAACAUCCUUUAGUAGAAAAAUAUAAUUUAUCAUGCGUGAAUGUUAUAUAUUCUGGUGCUGCUCCAUUAUCUUUAAACAUUGAAAAUGAAGUAAUCAAUAAAAUAGGUAAAGGUAAACCAUUAAAAGUGUUUCAAGGUUAUGGAAUGACUGAAUUAACUAUGGUAUCAACAUUACCUGACCAAAAUGAAUUUGAACAUACUAACGGUUCUGUCGGAAAAUUGAUUAGUGGCAUGUCAGGAAAAGUAAUUGAUUUAGACAAUGGAAAAUCAUUAGGAGUAAACGAAAGUGGUGAACUAUGUUUCAAAGGACCCAUGGUCAUGAAUGGUUAUUAUAAAAACCCCAAAGAAACAGCAUCAAUAAUUGAUGCUGAAGGAUGGCUCCAUACAGGGGAUAUUGGAUACUAUGAUAAAAAUCAUAAUUUUUUUAUCAUUGAUAGAAUCAAAGAACUUAUCAAAUAUAAAGGAUAUCAGGUGGCGCCUGCAGAAUUAGAAGCAUUGUUAUUAACACAUCCCGAAAUUAAAGAUGUAGCAGUUAUUGGACUUCCAAAUCUAGAAGCCGGGGAACUCCCGAUGGCGUUUGUAGUUAAAUCUCUAAAUUCGACUAUCAAUGAGAAAGAUAUUGUACAAUUUGUUCACAAAAAUGUUUCAGCACAAAAGCGUCUUAGAGGAGGUGUUCGAUUUGUGAAUAGUAUUCCCAAAAAUCCAAGUGGUAAAAUAUUACGUAGAGUACUUAAAAACUUAUAUUAUCAAUCAAAAUUAUAAAUAUAGUUCUAAUUAUUAUAGGACACUUUGUGUACUAUGUUAAAGUAAAACCUUACAAAUUUAUAUGUAGAUAAAUCAUUGUAUUUUAGUUUUUAAUUAUUAUUUUAAUAAUUUC